AUGGAUGCUUCUACUCAAUCCGGGUCUAAUCCGUCCGGUUCUGGUCCAUCCGAUUCUGGUCCUAUUUUCGAUAAUAGGCCGCCAGAGGAUGAAAACCCUAAUGUGAAGGAGGAACGUGUUGCUAGUGAUGGGCGGAUAUGGGUUUAUUUCACUCGUAGUAUUCUGAGGCCGACUGGAGCUAUUCGGGCUAGGGCGACUGAUAGCUUUCAAGGUAUGCCACAUGAAAGUGGCACCAAUUGGAAGAAUUUGACUAAGGGGAUGAUGGAUUUUUAUUUUGAUGAGUUUGAGAAAGCAUUUUGUUGGGAUAAAACGCAACAUACCAGGCAUGUUAUUAAGAAAGCGUGGGUUAAGUCAGCUCGAGUGGCGUACAAGGAUUACAUCAGCAAUUGCAAGAAGGUCCUGUUGAUACAUAAGAAGAAGAUUGAUUAUCUUCAGCCUAACAUUGAGGCAGCUUGGAGGGCUUAUUGGGCUUUGCCUGAUACUCAGGCACGGUCUGCUCAGGCGUCCAGGAAUCGCCGCUCAGAGCCAGGCGGUCCGGGUACAGGGAUGGCUAUCCAUCAUGGAGGGUCGCGCAGUGCUUUAGAUCAUGCUGAGCAUCUGGCUCGGGAGAGCAAUAUUUCUUUUGACGAGGCUACUUGGGCGACUUUUCGACGGAUGCAUUAUAAGAAUGGACAGUAUACCGCUGGACGACCUGCGCAGCACGGGUUGGAGGUCGAGAGGCGAUUGGCAGAGCUUCGCCAAACACAGGAAGAGGUCACGCCCGCAGAUGUAGAGCGCAUCUUCCGAGAGGUCGUCGCUCCUGAUUCGAGGGGGCGCAUCAUGGGAUUAGGCAUGAUGAUGUCUAGGGCGAUUACUGAGAGCGGCGAGUCGUCGAGCACGCACUCCACUAGCACCUCCCAGUUUCCUUUCCAUGUUGCCUCGAGAGAUGAGCUAAUUACAUUGAGGGAGAAGCAGAGCUCCACACAGAGGGAGCUAGAGGUCAGGAGAGCGAGCGAGGAGGCUCAGAGCAAGGCUAUACAGGAGAUGCAAGCCCAGAUCGCCCUCCUCAUGCGAGGAUAUCAUGCACAGUCCCCCUCUGACGCCUCUGAUGGGACCCACCCGGACCUCUGAUUAUAUUAUUUACUAUCGUUUGUUAGAUACUAUACUUUGAAUACUGAAUUUCUAAACUUGUUGACAUAUUUUAUGAUUUGCUACUUUGUUAUAUUUGAUGUCUUUCUACUUUGCUCAUCUUCAUGAUUUUGAAUAAUUUAUAGAUUGCUAUAUAAUUGAAAACAG